AUGUCUGAAGUUGGCCUGCUAUUGGUUGGAAGGGAUGGAAAUGGGAAAAGUUCAGUUGGAAAUUCGAUUUUAAACAAGAAAGCAUUUAUCCCUAGAAGCAGCAGCUUCCAAGGUUCUGAUGAUCUCACUCAAGCCAGUGAAGUGGUUGAUGGGAGACAGGUGACUGUUGUAGAUGGUAUAAGUCUCAGAGACAACUGCACUGAUGGCCCAGAAAAUGUUUCCGUCACAAUUUCUCUGGCAAGAAAGGCUGUGGAAAUGUUUGUUUUUGGUUUUACUGCACUCCUUUUGGUUCUCAAAUAUGGUGUCAGGUUCACGAAUCAGGAGAAACAAGCUAUCAGAAUCAUUAAGUCCCUUUUUGGCGAUGAUGUUUUGAAGAAAUAUGGAGUGAUUGUGAUGAGCUAUGGAGAUAGCUUUGCCACUGAUGUGGAAGAUGAUGGAACCACAUUUGAUGAUUGGUGUCGCCAGCAGACGGGAGAUGUCAAAGAUCUGUUUAAAGAAUGUGGAAACAGAUAUGUUUUGUUCAACAACAGAGAACAAAACAAUGACCGAAAACAGAAUCAGAUUAAGAAUUUGAUGUUAAAGGUUGAUGAGGUAAAAUCCAGGGUACCCAAAUAUACUAUGGAUUCUUUCAAGGCAGCCAGCUUUGGGCAACGAAAAAUGCUUGCUGAAAGUAAAUUGCCUGAACUAGAGAAGAAAACAUCUCAAGUUCUUGAUUCUGUCACAAAAAGAUUGCGCAAGCUUGAUGACAGUUUCUUGACUGCUGAGAACUACAUCAGUGAUCUGCAGAGUCUGAAGAAAGAAACUAAUGAACUGAAAGCCUAUCUUCAGCGAGAGGAUGGAGGAACAAACUCCAUCGGCCAACUACUGCUCCAGAUUUCUGUCACUGAGGCCAGCAUUAGUGCCAAGAAAGAACGCCAUCAGAGAAAAAUGGAGUAUGACGAACUCAUUUCAAGCUCAGAAUCAUCAACAAAACACGAUCAGAUCAGAGCUAAAACCAACACUAAAAUUUUGGCAAUAUUUGUUUUUAUCAUAGCAUUGAUCAUUUUUAUUUACUUCAUGUUGCCGGUUUAUAAACCAUCUGUACUCCCAUCAGUUCAUAAUUCAUCUCCAAAUCACAACCAGUGA